AUGGGUGGCGAGACCUUCGACGUGAAGGGCCCCAGGCCCAACGACUAUCCCCUACGGGCACCCAAACCAGUCGGCCAGCUGAUCAGCCACAUCUACAAGGACCGGAUUGCUCAGUUCUAUAACGGCGGACAGUAUGAGCACCAGAACCUGCGCGCCAUGAUGAAGGAGGACAGUGUCUCCGGGGAACCGCACGUCCAACUCUGGGUGUGGCAUGCCCCAGGCCAGACCCGUCCAUCCUUCGAGGAGGCUGUCUCCAAUCAAUUCGUCAAGACCAAUGUCGGCGAGUGGUUCGGCCCGUCGUGGACAACCCACUGGUUCCGUGUCGUCCUCACGGUCCCCGAGCAUCUCCAGAACAAGAGACUUCUCGAGUUCCAUUGGGACUCUAACAGCGAGGGCCUCGUCUGGUCAGAGGACGGGAAGCCGCUGCAGGGCCUGACGGGCGGCGGCGAGCGUGUGGAAUGGAUCCUGCCAGACUCGUUUCGUGACGGUAAAGAGCAUACUAUCUACAUUGAGAUGGCCUGCAACCGCAUGUUCGGCAACGCCCCUGGUGGUGAUUCUAUCCAACCUCCCGACCCCAACAAGUACUUCCGUUUGGACAAGGCCGAGAUCGUGGCCAUUGAUCCCGACGCCCGCCAGCUCUGGAUCGACAUAUGGAUUCUCCAGGACGCGGCUAGGGAGUUUCCUGGGGACUCGUGGGAGUCCCAUAAGGCGCUUCAAGUCUGCAAUGAGAUCAUUGAGGCCUUUGAGCUUGGGAACCGCGAGUCACUCAAGAAGUGCCGGAAGAUUGCUGAGCAGUACCUGGGCCCGAACGUCGACUCGCCCAAUGUGUACAACAGCGGCAAGGAGCCGCUCGUCUAUGCCAUUGGUCACUGCCAUAUCGACAGCUGCUGGUUGUGGCCGUUCGCCGAGACGAAGCGCAAGGUCGUCCGGUCGUGGUCGAGCCAGUGCGAUCUGAUGGACCGCUAUCCGGAGCUCAACUUUGUCUGCUCUCAGGCUCAGCAAUACAAGUGGCUCAAGCAGCUGUAUCCCUAUGCCUUUGAGCGUGUCAAGAAGAAGGUUGCCGAGGGCCGCUUCCAUCCCAUCGGCGGCAGCUGGGUCGAGCACGACACCAACAUGCCCAGCGGCGAGUCACUCGUCCGUCAGUUCCUGUACGGCCAGCGCUUCUACGAGAGUAACUUCGGCAAGCGCUGCAAGACCUUCUGGCUACCAGACACCUUUGGCUACUCGGCGCAGCUGCCGCAGCUCUGCCGUCUGGCCGGCAUGACGCGCUUUCUGACGCAGAAGCUCAGCUGGAACAACAUCAACCGCUUCCCGCACACCACGUUCAACUGGGUAGCCCUCGACGGCUCGCAGGUCAUCUGCCACAUGCCCCCAUCCGAGACGUACACGGCCGAGGCACACUUCGGUGACGUCAAGCGCAGCAUGUCGCAGCACAAGUCUUUAGACCAGGACAACACGUCGCUGCUCGUCUUCGGCAAGGGUGACGGCGGUGGUGGUCCGACCUGGGUGCAGAUCGAGAAGUUACGCCGAUGCCGUGGCAUCAGCGACACGGUUGGUUUGCUGCCGCGCGUGCACAUGGGCAGCUCGGUUGAUGAUUUCUUUGAUCGGCUUGAGAGGAAGGCUGAUACGUUCGUGACGUGGUAUGGGGAGCUGUACUUUGAGCUGCAUCGCGGCACGUACACCACGCAAGCGAAGAACAAGAAGAAUAAUCGGAGGGCGGAGGCUAAGCUGAGGGAUCUGGAGCUGUUGGCGACGAUUGCGUCAGUGCAGGAUAAGAGCUACAAGUAUCCAAAGGAGGAGUUUGAUGCCAUGUGGGAGAAUGUUCUGCUCUGCCAAUUCCACGAUUGUCUGCCCGGUAGCUCGAUUGAGAUGGCGUAUCGGGAGUCGGAUCAGAUGUACGCCGACGUCUUUAGCACGGCGGAGAAGAUCAUGAAAGGCGUGUCUCAGGUCCUUGGACUUGAGCCUGCCUUGAACCACAUGUCCACGACCAACACGGUUGCGCUGAACACCCUCCCGUGGCCUCGCCGGGAGCUGGUCAAGAUCUCUGAGAAGGAGGCUGCCGUUGCUCACGGAACAGGCCCGUUCCUGAAGCUGCAGAAGCUGGAGACGACCAAGCCGCUGGUGACCCUUCGCCAGGUAACGAAGGGCGCCUUUGUGCUAGAGAAUAGCCAGCUCAGAGUCCAUGUCGAGAAGGGCGUCAUCACGUCGCUCUACGAUAAGCAGGCCAAUCGCGAGGUGAUUCCCAAGGGCCAGAAGGCGAACCAGUACGUCAUCUUCGAUGACAAGCCUCUAUACUGGCAGGCUUGGGACGUGGAAGUCUACCACCUCGACACCCGUAAGGAGCUCCCGUCGGGCGAAACCGAGGUGCAUGAAAACACCCCCCAUCGCGUCAGCGUCGUCACCCGCACCAAGGUCAGCGACAAGAGCCAUAUCCAGACCAUUAUCGCGCUCAAUGGUGCUGUCGAGGGCGAGCAGUCGUGGGUCGAGGUGCAGAGCAAGGUCGACUGGCACGAGACCAUGAAAUUCCUCAAGGUCGAGUUCCCCGUCGACGUGCGCAACACGGAGGCGAGCUACGAGACGGCGUUUGGCAUCGUUCGUCGCCCGACGCACUACAACACCAGCUGGGACAUGGCCAAGUUCGAGGUGUGCGCCCACCGCUGGGCCGAUCUGUCUGAGUACGGCUACGGCGUGUCCAUCCUCAACGACUCCAAGUACGGCUUUGCUACCGCCGGCCAGACCAUGCGUCUCUCGCUGCUGCGCAGCCCCAAGGCGCCCGAUGCCCAUGCCGACAUGGGCACGCACCAUAUUCGUUGGGCGAUCCUCCCCCAUCAGGGUUCGCUCUCUCACGUCACAAUCCGCAAGGCCUUCGAGUUCAACAACCCGACCAAGCUAUACUCCUCACCCGACGCGGCUGCCCUCGUGGCCGCGCCCCCGCCGGUCUGGCUCACACCCGACUCGAGCCCGGCCAUCGUGCUCGACACAGUCAAGCGCGGCGAGGACGACGAGGAUGUGUCGCGCGGCGAGCUGCCUGCGCGCAAGGGACAGAGUGUCAUUCUGCGGAUGUAUGAUAGCUUAGGUGGUUUGGCGAGAGGUACGGUUGUGACCACCUGGCCACUCAAGAAGGUGUGCAAGGUUAAUUUGCUCGAGGAUGAUCUCGAGGUGGUGCCGUGGGAGAAUGGACGGUUCACGGUGGAGCUGAGGCCUUUCGAGGUGGCGUCUUAUCGGUUGGUGUUGGCUUAG